CGGUGACGGGACUGUAUGUGUGUGUGUGUGUUUGUGUGGAGGAGGAGGCCGAGGAAAACGAGAGACCAUAGACUUCCACCUCGGCCUAGAGCGUCCUUUAAAGUGUUGGGGAGAGGCGGGCGGGGACCACUCCCAACUGGCCGCUGGCGGUAUCAUGGCGUCCCGGAACCCCCCUCCCCAAGACUAUGAAAGCGAUGACGAAUCUUACGAAGUGUUGGAUUUAACUGAGUAUGCAAGAAGACACCACUGGUGGAAUCGAGUAUUUGGCCACAGUUCCGGACCUAUGGUAGAAAAAUACUCAGUAGCUACCCAGAUUGUAAUGGGCGGCGUGACUGGCUGGUGUGCAGGAUUUUUAUUCCAGAAGGUUGGAAAACUUGCUGCAACUGCAGUAGGUGGGGGUUUUCUUCUUCUACAGGUUGCCAGUCACAGUGGCUAUGUGCAGAUCGACUGGAAGAGAGUUGAAAAAGAUGUAAACAAAGCAAAAAGGCAGAUUAAAAAGCGAGCAAAUAAAGCAGCACCUGAAAUCAACAAUAUCAUUGAAGAAGCAACAGACUUUAUCAAGCAGAACAUCGUGAUAUCCAGUGGCUUCGUGGGCGGCUUUUUGCUAGGCCUGGCAUCUUAAGGACUUGAAGGCUCUAUGGUAGUGAAUCCAACAGUGGGAGGAAGACUCUCAAUGGCACAAUGCUACCAGAGUCUCCAGAGUAAGGAUCAGCCAGCUGGACAAUUGCAAAUGCAGCAGCUUAGCAUUUUGCCACCUGCAGCUUACCAAGCUAGUAUCUGCUGUAAGACAACCUAUGUGGUGUGUAAACAAUAGUAUUCUUGAGCAAAUCAUGGAUUUUACAAAUUUUUAAAUUUAUGUUUGUUUAGAAACUAGCCUAUGAUUAUCAUCACUGGAUAUAGUGGACACAGAAAAAGCUGUUACAUGUACUGUCCAAUGAAACACUACCCUAUCUUCUUUUCAAAGUUCUUCGUGCUUUACUGUCUAGUGCCAAUAAUUAAAACUUGUCUUAUAGCUUCAAUAUUAUGGCUGACUUUUCUUUUAAGAUGCGUUUGCAAUAAACUGAAGAAUUGUUUUACCCCUUUGUGGAAGGUAACAAUAGAAUUAUUAAGCUAUUAAGCUCUUCUGAUGCAUCGAUCUUGUAGGACUUUUCUCCCUUCUGUUUCUUACUUUGCUUAUGUGUAAUCUUUACAUUAAAGAAGGCUUUUGUAAUGAAAUAUUACAUGCCUAACCCUUCUCUAAUGUCUACAGUUUUUAAAAUGUCUCCUUGUAUGUUCUAAUUUUUCGAGCCUGUUUGAUUUAUUUAUCCCUGAUAGCUUAAAUAGAACUAAUUUGGGAGUCUCUUA